CUGGGCGGGCGGCAGGGGCGGGGACUGCAGAGCAGGCUGCGCUACGCGGUCCCUACAGCAGGCCUCCGCGCUCCCCGGCCGCAGCGCGCCUGGCACAUGGAGGCUCCCGAGGAGCCCGCGCCAGCGCGCGGAGACCCGGAGACCACCCUUGAGCUCCGCGAGCCUCGCCGCCUGCGGCUGUCCGACUUCCGAGAGGAGCUGCGGGCGCUCUUGGUCCUAGCGGCCCCAGCGUUCUUGGUUCAGCUGAUGGUGUUCCUGAUCAGCUUCAUAAGCUCCGUGUUCUGUGGCCACCUGGGCAAGCUGGAGCUGGACGCGGUCACGCUGGCAAUCGCGGUUAUCAAUGUCACUGGUGUCUCGGUGGGAUUUGGCUUAUCUUCUGCUUGUGACACCCUCAUCUCCCAGACGUACGGGAGCCAGAACCUGAAGCACGUGGGUGUGAUCCUGCAGCGAAGCGCGCUCAUCCUGCUCCUCUGCUGCUUCCCCUGCUGGGCACUCUUUCUCAACACCCAACACAUCCUGCUGCUCCUCAGGCAGGACCCAGGCGUGUCCAGGCUUACUCAGACCUAUGUCACGAUCUUCAUUCCAGCUCUUCCUGCAACCUUUCUUUAUUUAUUACAAGUUAAAUAUUUGCUCAACCAGGAAAUUGUACUGCCCCAGAUCAUAACUGGAGUUGCAGCCAACCUCGUCAAUGCUCUCGCCAACUAUCUGUUUCUCCAUCAACUGCAUCUUGGGGUGAUAGGCUCCGCACUGGCGAAUUUGAUUUCCCAGUACACCCUGGCUCUUCUCCUCUUUCUCUACAUCCUUGGGAAAAAACUGCAUCAAGCGACAUGGGGAGGCUGGUCACUCGAGUGCCUGCAGGACUGGGCCUCCUUCCUCCGCCUGGCCGUCCCCAGCAUGCUGAUGCUGUGCAUGGAGUGGUGGGCCUAUGAGGUCGGGAGCUUCCUCAGUGGCAUCCUCGGCAUGGUGGAGCUGGGCGCUCAGUCCAUUGUGUAUGAACUGGCCAUCAUUGUGUACAUGGUUCCUGCAGGCUUCAGUGUGGCUGUCAGUGUCCGGGUGGGAACUGCUCUGGGGGCUGGAAACAUGGAGCAGGCACGAAAGUCCUCCACGGUUUCUCUGCUCAUCACAGUGCUCUUUGCUGUAGGCUUCAGUGUCCUGCUGUUAAGCUGUAAGGAUCACGUGGGGUACAUUUUCACUACCGACCGAGACAUCAUUCAUCUGGUGGCUCAGGUGGUUCCAAUUUAUGCUGUUUCCCACCUCUUUGAAGCGCUUGCUUGCACGAGUGGUGGCGUUCUGAGGGGGAGUGGAAAUCAGAAGGUGGGAGCCGUCGUGAAUGCCGUUGGGUACUAUGUGGUGGGCCUCCCCGUCGGAAUCGCACUGAUGUUUGCAACCAAACUUGGAGUGAUGGGUCUGUGGUCAGGGAUCAUCAUCUGUACAGUCUUUCAAGCUGUGUGUUUUCUAGGCUUUAUUAUUCAGCUAAAUUGGGAAAAAGCCUGUCAGCAGGCUCAGGUACAUGCCAAUUUGAAAGUAAACGUGGCUCCGAGUGGGAAUUCCGCUCUCCCGCAGGAUCUGCUUCACCCAGGGUGCCCUGAAAACGAUGAAGUUUUAAUGAAUGAUACUGAAAAGACAGGCGAGAGUCAGUCGGAUCAGCAGAUGCACCAAGCACAACCUCUGCCCGUCCAUCCACAGGACAGCACUAAGUUGUCUAGGAAACAGCUGGUGCUGUGGCGAGGCCUUCUGCUCCUGGGGGUCUUCUUAAUCUUGCUGGUGGGGAUUUUAGUGAGAUUAUAUGUCAGAAUUCAGUGACGUGGCGGGAGGCAAAGUCAGGUCAAGUGAUGCUUUUGAGCUUACACACAAUUCACAGGUCGACCAGUGACGAUUUCCUUCCAGUUAAUGUCAUUCAGGUGCGCUCAUGGAUUUUGAAGAUUUGGAAUGCAAAGAUAUAUUUAAAAAAAAAAAAAAAAAGCAAGCAACUAAGGUGAAAAGCUAUAUUCUGGCCCAAGACAGUGUCUGAAGGAUACAUGAGUAACAAUUCAU